AAAUUUUCAAUAAUACAAACAUAAAAAAAAUAAAAAUAUGAAAUCCUUAAAAUCAUUAUUCUUAUUAGCAACUCUCAUAUUAUUAAUAAAAGCUGAUAACUUCGCUGUUCUUGUUGCAGGCUCAAACGGUUAUUGGAAUUAUCGUCACUAAUCUGACUUAUGUCACUCCUAUUAAAUAUUAAUUAGUCGUGGCUAUAAAGCUAAAAAUAUAAUAACAUUUUCGUAUAAUGAUGUUGCUAAAGAUAGUGAGAAUCCCUUCCCUAAUCAACUUUUUAAUAAACCUACCUACAAAAAACCUGGUGUAGAUAUAAACAAAGGCUGUGUAAUUGAUUAUGAAGGAGAUGAUGUAAAACCUGAAAACUAUUUAUCUGUUAUAUAAGGAAAUAGUACAGCUGUUAAAGGAAUUGGUAGUGGUCGUGUUUUAACUAGUGGUGAAAACGAUUAUGUCUUUUUAACUUUCUUCGAUCAUGGAGCCCCUGGAUUGAUAGCUUUCCCAAACAAUGAUUUAUACGCUUCUGAUUUAUUGAAAGCCUUUAAAAAAAUGCACUCAAAAAAAAUGUAUAAGUAAUUAGUUUAUUACUUAGAAGCCUGUGAAUCAGGAUCUAUGUUCCAUGAUUUACCUAAGGACUUAAAUAUUUACGGAGUUACAGCUGCAAAUGAAUCUGAAUCUUCUUAUGCUACAUAUUGUGAUAGUGAUGCUUAUGUAAAUGGAAAAGACCUUGGUACUUGCUUAGGUGAUUUGUUUUCGGUUAAAUGGAUGGAAGAUACAUAAAAUAAUAAAAGUGAAAAAUAUACUCUAUAAUAAUAAUUCGUUAAGGUAAAAAAAUAAACUAACGAGUCUCAUGUUAUGUAAUAUGGAGAUUUAAGUUGGUCUGCAAAAACUCCUAUUAGUACAUUUUUGGGACACUACAAGAAAACAGAAGAAUAAUCUUAUUUUGGAAGUUUCAUUAGAAAUAAACUACUUUAAUUUUAAGAUAUUUUCGGAAAAAAUGAUAAUGAAUCUAAUAUUUCCUCAAAAAAUAUUGAAUCUAGAUAAGUUAAAUUAUAGUAUUUGAUUAAUAAAUAUAAAAAAAACCCUACUGAUUAAAAUUUCAGUAAUCUUAAUGUUGAAUUAUAGUCUAUUAAAUACUUUAAUGAUAGAUUUAUUGAAUUAAAAAAUAAAACUAAGCUAAGUGGAGAACACUAUGUAGGUACUAAUUUCGAUUGCUAUAAAAAGAUAGUAGAGAUUUUCAAGUAAAAAUGUGGAGUUAUGCCAGAAGGAACAUAUGGAAAUUAUAGAUAUCUUUAUGAAUUAUGUGCAGUAAAUGAUGAAAAAUAUAGUGCCGAUGUUGUUGAGAAAAUGUGUUGAUUUUUUUCUUUUUAUUAUAAAAGAAAAAUAUAAUAUAUUUAAUUAUAUUUUUUUUAUAUUUUUUUUUUUUUUUAAAUAUUAAUUUUUUUAAUUAAU